AAAGAAUUAUAAGAAUGCAAUUAAAAUUAUUACCUGUAAAAGCGUUCAAGUGGCACUUGUAAUCGCUUUAAUAAUAAUUCUCAUCUUUGCUGAUAAAAAAUAAAAAUAAAAUAAAAACAGCUUCUUCUUCAAUUCGCAUUACCGUUUUCCAAAACAUAACCAAAGGAAUCAACUUUUUAUUUACCAAAAAAAAAAAAAAAAAGAAGCAACUUUUUCGAGAAAGGAGCAAGUUACGGCUUCUGGGAGCCGAACAGCAUGGGCGCAACAACACCACAAAGUUCAGCCUUCGGCUACCAGCAACCAACGAGGACAACACGGCACUGAGUUCAUCAGCAGAGCCAUCGCUCAGUACAUUGUCGACGCCCGCCUCUAUGCUGUUUUCAAGCAGUUUUCUAUGCACUCUUCAAUCUACUCUCUGGCUUCUUCAUCCCCAAAUCGGUGACUUAACUUUAUUCACAAGUAAAUUCUAUUCUAUUCAUAAUUCAAUUACUCAUAUUGACUCAAAAAUUCAUUCGAUGUUGAUGAAAUUGCAGAGAAUUCCCAGGUGGUGGAUUUGGUACUACUGGAUUUGCCCUGUGGCAUGGACAGUUUAUGGAUUAAUCAUAUCACAAGAUGGUGAUGUAGAACAGACAAUAAGGUUCCAGGAUCCACAGCAGAACCAUCUAUUAGAUGGUAUAUUGAGAGCCAUUUCUGGUAUGAUCCAUACUUCAUGGGACCGGCUGCUAGUGUUCUGGUUAGAUUCACAGUGUCCUUUGCCUUCAUGGCAUAAAGACACUGAGCUUCCAAAUGAGGUAGAGGUAAUUCAUGCCGAGAAAUUCUUCCUCAACCAUGUGCUACAAAUGAAAAGUGACCUUGUGAAUGCAAAAACACAGUGGAAUGAAAUAGUUGUAUUAGGCCUGUCAAAGGGUCAUAGAGCAGCCUUGGCAUUCAAGAAAUACUUAGUCCCCAAAAUGGAACUCCUCAAGGCGUGCUGGGACAAAGAAUGGUUACUCAUAAGGAGAAAUUCUUUUGUUUACAUGUUCAAGACGGUUCAGAUCAUCAUUGUGGCAGUCAUAGGGUCCACGGUGUUCAUAGGGACAAGAAUGCAUACCCAGACUAAGGAAGAUGGGCCACAGUAUAUUGGUGCACUUCUAUUCUCCUUGGUCAUUAACAUGUUCAAUGGUUUCUCCAAGCUAGCCAUCAUGAUCAGUAGGCUUCCUGUAUUUUACAAGCAAAAGGACCUUGUCUUCCACCUGGCAUGGACGUUCACUCUGCCAACAUUCCUGUUUAAGCUCCCUAUAUCUGUUCUGGAUUCUGUCAUUUGGAUGGUCACCACAUAUUACUCUAUUGGAUUUGCACCUGAAGCUGGCAGGUUUUUCAAGCAAUUUUUGGUGAUAUUCUUGGUUCAACAAAUGGCAUCCAGGAUAUUCAGGCUCAUUGCUGGAGUAUGUAGAACAAUGAUCAUUGCAAAUACUGGCGGGGCUCUCACUCUUCUGCUUAUCUUCUUGCUGGGAGGUUUCAUCAUUCCUAAAAAUCAAAUUCCGAAAUGGUGGGAAUGGGGGGCAAUUCCUGGAAUCCCCAAGAUUAAGGACAAGUACAAUCCCGCGACAUGGAUGUUGGAAGUGAGCUCGAUUGCAGCUGAAGUUAGACUUGGAAUGGACUUUGCUGAAUACUACAAAUCAUCUUCCUUGUAUCAUAUUAACAAUCCUCGUGGGGACAAUUCAAGUCUUGCCCCUGGAAGCUGUGGUGGACAUAUUGGAGAAGUCCAAGUUAUAACCUUGUUAGAUACUUCUUCACCUUGGCAUCUGCCCGUUUGGUUGGUACAAUUUUCUGGCAGGGAGAGCUCAAUUGAUCUUAUGAUGAUCAUUGGAUCCAUGUAUGCUACAGUCUUCUUCCUCGAAAUUAAUAACUGUGGAACAGUCCAACCAAUAGUAGCUAUAGAAAGGACAGUGAUUAUUGAGAUACCUUAUCUGUUUGUACAAACCACGUACUACACCCUCAUUGUGUAUGCCAUGGGGGGAUUUCAAUGGACUGUAGCCAAAUUCUUCUGGUUCUUCUUCAUCAGCUUUUUCUCCUUCCUUUACUUCACAUACUACGGAAUGAUGAUCAUUUUCAUCACACCAAACCACCAAGUGGCAUCCUUAUUUGCAGUAGCUUUGUAUGCACUCUUCAAUCUAUUCUCUGGUUUCUUCAUCCCAAAAUUGAGAAUUCCCAAGUGGUGGAUUUGGUACUACUGGUUCUGCCCAGUGGCAUGGACAGUUUAUGGAUUAAUCAUAUCACAAUAUGGUGAUGUAGAACAGACAAUCAAAGUUCCAAGAUACACAAUAGAACCAUCUAUUAGAUCAUAUAUUAAGAGCCAUUUCAGGUAUGAUCCAAACUUCAUGAGGCCAGUUGCUGGUGUUCUGAUUGGAUUCACAGUGUUCCUUGACUUCAGGUAUGCCUAAUGCAAAAAGACACUUAACUUCCAAGUGAGGUAGAGGUAAUUCAUGCCGAGAAAUUCUUCCUCAGCCAUUUGUUACAGAUGGAAAGCGACCUUGUGAAUACAAAAACAUAGUGGAA